UUGAAACUUUCAGUCCGCACUUGCUUAGAUUCUGCUCGCUAAUUUAAAGUUGAUAAGUGGAAGAAACAGCUAAAAACAGGUGAAGACAUGGGCCAUUUUCGGAAUUGUUGGAUUAAAGGCACGAUUUUGGAUACCAAAAAAGGUCUACCUCUGUCGCUAAUCGUCAAGGUAUGGAUUUUUAUCGCUUUUUCAUCGACGGCAAAUGGAAAUACAUCUUCGGUAAGUUACUCCAUGUCUGUAGUAAACCAUUCUACGGUCACUGAGUCGGUCAGUUGGUCCGUCAAUGGGUCGAUCAGUGAAUCUUACAUUGACGUGAUGAAUGUUACAGCCACAAUGUCCCACGUCAUGAGCAACUCUGUCCCAGUUUCCUCGUCGCCUAUGCUGCCACCACACUGUUACCGUGUGUGCAACUGCAAUAAUUCUGUUGGAUAUGCCACUUCUUCCAUGAAGUAUAACAUGACAUUACACUCGUCUUCCGCGAUGUACAACGUGACCGUGAGUGCUAUGGGUAACAUGUCGUCGAUGCCCUCCUCCGAUGACUACAACAUGUCUUCAGGGUCCAUGGAUGCAUCUCCUCACGUGAGCCCCUCCCCAUCUAGUUCUGGUAUGGCGUACACGCCGAGCGCAAACGUCACGCCAAUGUACUACUCUUCUACUCCAUGGCCUGCACCGAGUUCUUCAGUGUCUGAGCCUUUCCAUUGUCCGAAUGUGUCUUGUUGGGUGGAGAUUGAGUGCAUGUCCCAUACCCAUAGCAUCUCAAAGACCUCUUAUGUAUCAACAUCAUCUGUUCCACCAACAGUUUGCCAAGAGGACGUAGACUGCAAUGACGAUUGUGGCGGUAGCGCUGAAGAGGAUUGUGGUAUAUGUUAUGGGGGAAAUACGGGGAGGGACCAUCCGAAGGACUGCAAUGGAGAAUGCAAUGGUGGUGCAACAAACUCGAGCGAUACUUGCUAUAAAUGCCUAUUAGCUGGUGAAGUUAAAAAUUUUAAGGAUUGUAACAAUGACUGUGACGGGACUGCAGUCAUUGACGACUGCGAUGUGUGCACCGGCGGAAAUACGGGGAAAAUGGAAAACCACUUAAAGGAUGCAUGCGGAGUGUGUAAUGGGACCAACUCGACAUGUAUAGGAUGCGACGGUGUACCAAACAGUGGUUUGGUGCUUGACGCAUGCGGUAAAUGCGGAGGGGACGGAACAACGUGCACGGCUCUCACGACAACUGUUCCACAAACCAUUGCGAGCGGCCAACCUAAAGUCUGGGUAAUUGGUGCUGGAUUUGAUGCAGGAAACGCGACUGUGUGUGUAUUGUACAACCCAGAUAGUGGAGUAGAGGUUGUUAAUACUACAGCCACCCAAAGAAAUCUCACCCAUGCUCACUGCGUUUUUCAACCAUGGCCUAAUUACACCGCGGGAAAAUACAACCUUUCAGUGAUACUCGUCCACGAUGGUGGGGAGCAGAUUAAACUCAACGAGUCAGUUCCCAUAUAUUAUUACAAUAGCUCAAACCUCGCUCUGAGGAAUGUCACGCCAUAUGAAAUUCUUAAGGACGACUUACCCGAAAACGUGAUACUUGUUGGCAACGGUUUCUUUGACUGGAAAGAGACCGUGUGUUAUUUCAAUUCCAGCGAAAGCAAAGACAUCAUCUUUUUAAACGAAACUCAUCUCAAAUGCAAAGCACCAGCAGCUGAUACCUCGACCCGGUUCGACGUAUCUCUUUCCAUGGAUGGUGGACUCAACACCGUUGGUAGCGCUAUCCUGACUGCCUAUGCACGCGCACCCAACGUCACCACUGUGAAGUUCAGUGACACAGCCACUAUGAUACUAGUACUUUUCGACAUCGAUAUUGACAUUGCCAAUGACGAUGAAACUUGCGAAAACUUCUUUACCGCCGCAGUAGUUGUUACUUUUGGAAUUGACGCAGAAUGCUACUUAAGCAGCUGGCGAGAGGUAACUAUUCUCCUUGGAGCCGGCGCAAAUGUUACCACUGGCGACAGUUUGGUUUUUAAGGAUAACGUUUUCCAAGCCUACGGAGAAACAUACAGUGAGUUUUACAGUGGUUCAGUUCCAGUCCAGGGGCCUGAUGAUCCCUUACGGCCCACACCCGUAAUCACAGGUCCUGAAGUUCUUUCUUCCUGCGGAAAUCUCUCUCUCUCUGGAUCCCAGUCCUACGGUGGUGGUGGCCGGCCACUCAUCUUUAAAUGGUUCGUGACAUCACCUGAUGACAAUGACGUAGCAGACAUUACAAGUGUCCUCGAUGCGCUGAGUUCAGAUGAUGAUGAUCACGAUCAGCCUCUGCCUCUAUAACGCUGACCGUGGUGGAAGGAAACCCGCCCGCUGUGUGGGUGGAUUUAGCGCAGAUGAAGGUCAAAGCAAGUGAAAGAGUAAAAUUGGAUGGAUACUAUAACUCAAGCGCCAAGCCUGAUAAAGUAGAAUGGAGUUGCCCUCCGGCACAAGGUUUUUCCACUGUUGACUUGACCAAAUACACACUCGAUGAAGAAUACUACAGUGAAGGUAUAUCAUUUGCAAUGAUGGUUAUCCCCCAGUAUGUUCUGAAACCGGGCAGUAAAUAUCGAUGUAAGUUGACAGUGAGAGAAGGAAGUAACGAGGGUGCAGCAUUCGUGGUGGUGGAGGUGAGAACUGGGCCUAGUUCCGGUACGUUCGAAGUUUCUCCUACUUCGGUACAAGCACUGGAUCUCGUAACUAUGACAGCAAAGCAAUGGACAACUGAUUCAGACGCUGGCCCACUUCGAUAUUCAUUUGGUGAACUAAUUAGUGCAGACAUCUGCGAGACAUAUGGGCCUCCAUCUUCCACACCAGAACAGGAAGACAUCGUUCCGCCAGGAUCUGGUCCAAAUAAUGUCCUCACCUUAUGCUGUGUGAUUGAAGAUAAGUUCGGAUCGUAUGCUAUUAAAACGUUCAAUAUCACUUCUAGCCCGCCGGAUCCGGCAGAUCUAGACCCCGCUGCUUUGGAUAACUUGUUCGAAAAUGCCAUUGACGAUAAGUUACUGAGUGGAGACACAGAUAAAGCUAUGGGAGCAUUGAUCAGUAUAACAGGCACUGUUUUCGACGACUCCAGUAACACCUCAGAUGAGCUGAAGCGCAAUAUCUCUCAAAAAGCACAAGCAGCUCUUCUGCAAAUCCUAGAUGCUACUGAAGUUGACCAAGAUAAUGCAGCUCCUAUGUUGACCGCUUUAGUCCAAACAGACCCAAAAGCUGCCGGUAACAGCUCCGGCGUGGCUUAUGCAGCAGUGAAGAUUUUGGAUGGGUAUGGCGAAAAACCCAUUCCCAUUAAAAAGGCAGACGAAUUUCUCGAUUUUAUCAGCGACCUUGCUGGCGACUUUGUAGAAAACGACACCAGCUUACAAGAGAACGUGGAAGCAGCGUUUGAUUCUCUUGCGAAUAAUUUCGCGAAUAAUCUUUUCCUUAACGACGAGAAGGAAAUAUUCAAUGAAAAUCUGGGGUCAGUUAAGGUUAAAUUAACAGACUUGAAGAGUGUAAUGAAGGCAAACAACAGACCAGGUGCCCCCAGUUUUAAUCCUGGCCCGUCACUGGUGAACCUCUUCAGUGGUCCAAGAAAGUGCCAGGGCGGGAAGACAUGCCAGGGAGUAGUUGUGCAAGUGGUACAGUACAAGAAGGAUUUGAUCGCAGUGGAUAAAGAUAAGCAGGAUGACCAAGUUGAUGUUGAUCAUACCCAGGUUCUUGGCAUUGACUUAAAAGACCCAGUUUCGAAAAACCCACUUCCAGUUACAAACCUUCCACAACCUCUUACCCUGACAUUCACUGUGUCAGCCCUGCCGGUCGGUAAACAACGUGGCUGUAACUACUUUAAAAAAGAUACAAAAACAUGGGACAAAAAAGGAAUGACCGCCGUGGAUGGAGGAAAUAACACAUUGAAUUGUCUUUCAACUCACGCGACAUUCUUUGCUCCGUCCAAUGAUGCAAGUAAUGCGACAAACGCCACCACGGCACCACCAACUGUUGGAGCGACACCAACAGAAAAAGAGGACAAAAACAUGACAGCAGCCAUCGUGGGCGGCGUAAUAGGUGGCCUUGUGUUUAUCGCUCUCGUCGUUGGUGUUAUAUGGUAUCUUAACAAGAAUAAGAAUAAAAACUCAGGGAGGAUCUCACCCGAGGAUCCAUCUCAAUAAGAAGGGAAGAAAUAACUGUAGGUCCUACCAUUCACUAAAGAACACGCAUACUAUUUUGUUAAAAUAUUUCUUGCAAAAAAAAUUGAUCAUUGCGAAACAACUGCAACCCCAGACAGAUUAGCUAUCGUUGUACGAAGUGUGAACUGUUAACUUUGAACUACUGAAGAAGCGAAAAUUCUGGCGCAUCUACGCUUGCAAGUUUUCCCUGACGGUUGUAGAUGGAAACUGAGAUUAGAUAUUUAUUGGCGAUUCUUUGAAUCUGGUUUAAAAGAUUUUGAAUGAGGAACUUGUCCAGGAAAAUCUUAACAACGACGAAAAUCUAUUAGUAUAGAUUAUGUGAUUAGGACAUUGCUCUGCUGGGUCCGUCAAUAGGAUCCAGUAUGAAUUACGAAAAGAUGAAGUAAGAGCAAAUGGACAAAACUAACUAGCGUUUUGGGCAG